GUCUUUCGGCCCGCAUCGCUCAAGAUUGUCUGUUGAAAAAAGGCGGAUGAACAGCAGCCGCAUAAACCACAAUCAUCGAGACGAGAGUUUUCUCGACCUCAGCUUGGCGUCCUUUCGCAAAGGGCGUGACACAGGACCUGGAUGGUGUCAUGUGGGGCUAUGAGAUAGCAGCGUGUUUUGAAGACUCGAAGCUGCCAAUUGCUUGUCACACCACGAACGCUUCUGGCAGUCGAGCGCUGCAUCGACACACUUGUUAAUGCCAGUGCGCACGAUACGGAGUGCUACUGUGCACACGACAUCGAUGGGUCUGAUGUCUUAUAAGAUGUGGUGAAUCAUCGACAACCCGCCUCGUGAUUCUGUCUCCAGUCCAGCAGAGCCAACAAAUCGUCCAUCACUCCAAAUCAUUUCAACCACAAUGUCGGUCGCCAAAGAGGUAGCAAGUGCCAAUCAAGCAUUCGUUUCCAGCCGCAAGACUGGUCAAUUGCCACUGCCGCCUGCGCGAAAGCUGACCGUCUUGACGUGCAUGGACGCCCGCAUCGACCCCGUCGCUGCAUUUGGUAUCAAGGAAGGUGACGCUCAUGUCAUUCGUAAUGCUGGCGCCCGUGCCCCCGACGCCGUCCGCAGUCUUGUGAUCAGCCAGCAAUUGCUGGGCACGGACACCAUUCUGGUGAUUGGCCAUUCCGACUGUGGAAUGCUGACUUUCCAAACGCCUCAAGCUCGCGAGAUCGUGGCCAAGCAACAAGGAAGUCACCUCGACAGCAAGGGACAGGCCGAGCUCGACUCUCUGAACUUCCUCGAGUUCCCCGACCUCCAUUCCAAUGUCGCCAGUGAUGUCGCAUUUUUGAAGAGCAACACCCUCAUCAAGCCCAACACUGACAUCUCUGGCUGGGUCUAUGAUGUCGGCAGCGGCAAGCUGAGCCAGGUCGCCUAGAAGCUUGUACAGCCUCGCCAGGCUCGACAAGCUGUCCAACCACCGGCAUUCGCGUGUACCUGUGCAUCUUACCAUCACAUCCUGACUCCAGGUCCGGAUCUUUCGUGACAAUGGAUGCGCAUUGCAGUCGUCGUAGUCGUGAGAGGACAUCGUGAGAAAUGAAAGUUGCCCAAAACGGCUCAGACGCAGGGACGUCAGAGAAGCGACGCUUUGUCCUCACCGAGCAUGAUCCACAGGUUUGCGAUCUGCAGCUGUAUUUGGCUAGAGAGGAUAUUCGAGAGGGUCCCGGUCAGCAGUGUCCGCAUGCACACGCAAGCAGCCUGUGGACCCAUGAAGACACGACGAAUAUCGA